AUGAGUGCUUUCUCACCCGACAACAUCACCGGGGCCUUCAUCCCCUCGGCCCUCUUUGUCGCCGGAACUUUCUUCUUCAAGCAGGAAUUGACCCCCUUUGCCGUCGCUCUGGCCGCGGUCUUGGUCGGCUGGAAGAUCUUCAGCAACAAGCCCAGAAAGGUCCUCAACCCCGGUGAUUUCCAGCACUUCACCCUGAAGGAGAAGAACGACAUCUCCCACAAUGUCACUGUCUACCGUUUCGCCUUGCCCCGUCCUACCGAUAUCCUGGGUCUGCCCAUCGGUCAGCACAUCUCGCUUGCCGCCACCAUUGGCGGUAAGGAGGUUGUCCGCUCCUACACCCCCAUCUCCUCCGACAACGAGGCUGGCUACUUCGAUCUCCUCGUCAAGGCCUACCCCCAGGGUAACAUCUCCAAGUACUUGACCACCCUGGAGGUCGGUCAGACCAUGAAGGUCCGUGGCCCCAAGGGCGCCAUGGUGUACACUCCCAACAUGUGCCGUCACAUUGGUAUGAUUGCCGGUGGUACUGGCAUCACCCCCAUGUACCAGAUCAUCAAGGCUAUCAUCCGCAACCGUCCCCGUAACGGUGGAAACGACACCACCCAGGUUGACUUGAUCUUCGCCAACGUGAACCCCGACGAUAUCCUCAUGAAGGAAGAGCUCGAGCAGCUGGCCAAGGAGGACGACGGCUUCCGCAUCUACUACGUCCUCAACAACCCCCCUGAGGGCUGGACCGGUGGUGUUGGUUUCGUCACCCCUGACAUGAUCAAGGAGCGCCUUCCUGCCCCCGCUAGCGACAUCAAGAUUCUGCUCUGCGGUCCUCCUCCCAUGGUUAGCGCCAUGAAGAAGGCUACCGAGUCUCUCGGUUACACCAAGGCUCGCCCCGUCAGCAAGCUCGAGGACCAGAUCUUCUGCUUCUAA